AUGCGGCUAGUGAAGUCAGAGGAGAGGAAGAGAAGGUGUCGCCGGGUGUCGCAUCAUCUGCGGCAGGAAGUGGCGGGGGGGAGAUAUGGUGACACGUUGGCACUGCGCCGCCCUCCGGUCCUUCACAUAUCUGAUUCUGUUUCAGAAAUUCACAACAAUGAGGCAACGAAUGUUCCGGAUCCAGACCUGAAGGGGACGCAGAAGUGGUCGUCGUCUCUGGACAGCCUGCUGGAAGAUCCCGGCGGUGUGGAAGCAUUUAAGGACUUCCUGAAGAGGGAGUACAGCGAGGAGAACCUGCUCUUCUGGUUGGCGUGUGAAGAUUUCAAGAAAACGGAAGAACGGGAUCAGAUGCAGAAAAAGGCCCAACACAUCUACAACACCUUCCUGUCCAGCAAAGCCUCAUCGCAGGUCAACGUGGAGGGUCAGUCCCGCAUCGGGGAGCAGAUCCUGAAAGAGCCUCACCCUCUGAUGUUCGAGAAACUGCAGGAGCAGAUAUUUAACCUCAUGAAGUAUGACAGUUACGGCCGUUUCCUGAAAUCGGAGAAGUUCCACAAGCUGCAAUCCUCGGAGGAGAGUGAGACCUCCCGGCCGGGGGAGUCGGCACCGAAGCGAGCCUCAAGAAUCUACGUCACAUGA